AUGGACGACUACAUGUUCCGCGAACAUGUCAGCAAGUGCCGCCAAGUCUCGGAGGCAACGCACUAUGUCGAGAUUCUCAAUUACUCGGGCGCUUUUGAGCCACCGAAGCUGAAGGAGGGCGUCAAAUUGCUCAAUGGCAUUCGAUUGGUGCUUCAAAAGAAUGCCAAGCACAAGGACACAUUUACGCCUCACACCAUUUCCUUCACUGCGGAUGCAUACCAGUCCAUGGUCCGGGCUAUGCGACUGCCGUUUAGAGCCAUCGAGGGUACCAGCGUUGUCGGCCCCUUUUUCUGGUGCGCCUACGACCAGGACGAUGAGGAUCCCACUCUGCAAAUCAUCUUCCGCAAGUCCGACGUCCGGAAGAAGGGCAAGACGCGCGGGUGGGAGCUCAUGCUCUCCCACUGCUUCAGCACCGGCAUCACGUCGGGCUACGUCAAGGGCACCCCGAGCUCCGACAUUGUCGCGGCCAUCCAGCACCUCACCUUUUGCGCCCAGCAGGCCGGCCACCCGAUGCUCCUCCCCAUCAUCAUCCUCUCGCACGACCUGUCGUCGACGACAGACCAGAAGCAGCGCGACGCGCGCGAUUGGCUGCGCAAGCUGGAGCACGCCGUCAGCAUGCGCAACGAGAUUGAGGACGAGGAAGGGUACGUCAGCCAGGACGGGCACCUCGAGGUCGACGCCAUCAGCCGUGAUCUCGUCGAGUGCCACAGUCAGGUUCUCUGGAAGCGGCCGCAGGCGUACCAGGCCAUCGUCAAGGAGAUUGAUGCCGGGCUGGUGAAGUUUAAGGAGAAGGUGCCCAAGGAGCACGAUACGCCGCUCAUUGAUAAGCUUCACCGGAGCAUGGUGGCGCGAUUGCAGUUUUACAGCUUGAAGUUGACGGGUAUUGAGAAUUAUCAGGCGACGACGUUGGAGAGGUUGCAUAUCCAGCGUAGUGCGCUGUAUAACCUGCUUUCCCAGCGAGAGUCUAAGAUUCAGUUCCAAAUGGCUGGUGAGCAGCGACGACUUGCGCAUGCGAGUAAGCGAGACAGCACGGCGAUGAAGACGAUUUCGUUACUCGGUGCCGUCUUUCUUCCCGGCACAUUUCUCGCGUCUGUUUUUAGCAUGACGUUUUUCGACUUUGCCAAAGAUGCCGACCCUGUCAUCUCCAAGGAACUGUGGGUGUACUUCGCCAUCACCGUGCCCCUGACGAUUCUCAUCGUUGGCGGGUGGAUCGUAUUUGACAGGCGGCGCGAGAGCCAGUUCCGCGUCGAGGACGCCGAUCUGGAGAGGAAUAUCGAGCAUAUGGAGGCUGAUAUCAUGGCCAUGAUGCGGAAGCGGACGAUGAGCAAGGCGAAUACCUGGACUUCGGUCACGUCGCCCAUACGGCCAUGA